CCCACCAUCUUCCUGGAGUCUCCGUUGUUCUCUUCCAGAAUACAUGUUGAGCUUUUAAACAAACCUACAGUAGAAGCAAGCCCUCUCCAGGAAAUCCCAAUCUCUUUCCAAACAGGGACAGCAAAGGUUCUCUCUGUUGUGGCUGUUUUUCCCUCUCUUCUGGGAAUUGGUUUGCCUUCUCUGAGCAUCCCAGGAAGGGGAGGUGCGCCCCAAAUUGGCGAGGCUCUGCCAAAUACCAAAGGCUCUUCUUUGGAAGAAGACUCCUCCUUUGGACGUGAGGCGCCCCUACCAGAGCGCCCGCGUACAGAAACGGAAACCACUAGCUGCGCUGAAGUGAGUCAAGUGAUGAAAUCAAGACUACACGGGAAGGAAGCUCACGAAACCUAACUGGUGACAGAAGCUGCUGAACCCUGCCCGAGGAAACCACAUGAGCCAGCAGUUGCUGCCCUCCCGAAGUGGUCCUCGGAGGCAGCGCACCCCUUCAUUUUGGCGAACCGAGGAGGAAGGGAGGAACCGUGUGGGGGAAAUCUAGAACUUCUGGUUCCCCAAGGACCCAGCAGACUGUGUUCUGGCUACAAGGUGAUCACUGCCACCAGGUCAGUGCAGGAUUCCUCCAAUGUAGAUGGGCCGGGAGCCACAACUUGCGCGGAGCAGCAGCCUCGCCUAGCGCUCAGAGAGAAGCCGCACGACAGCCAGGCUUGGCCCGGACGGCGCCCCCACCCUGCGCGCGCGAUCCAAGGUUCACACCUGGAGCGCUCAGGUAGGGCUGGGGCGGGGCGGGAGGCUGGCGCGCAGGCGCGGAAGCGGGGCCCCGCCCCUGCCGACGUCGCAGGCUGGAGCUCACCUGGGAGACUCCAAGUGGAAGCCGAGCCUCGGUUCUGCCUCUCCAGGCAACGGGGGAGGCCCAGCGGGAAGGCAGGAGGCGGCGGCGGAGGAGGAGCUCUACUGAGCCGCAACUGUGGCGACAGCAACCGAAGUCGCAGCCGCCGCCACCUGCACCUGGCGCCUAGCCCACGUCCAGCGCCUGCCCGGCCGCCGCUUCCCGCCACCCUGCCCUGCCCACCCGCCAGGUACUAUCAUUAAAGAUACCUUCUUCUCAGCAAAUCUAUGAUAAAAAAUAUAAGUAACAGAAGAAGAAAUAACUGUUAUUUGUCAAGUGACAAGCUUUUAAUGUCAGAAUGGCUCACCUAAAGCGACUAGUAAAAUUACACAUUAAAAGACAUUACCAUAAAAAGUUCUGGAAGGUUGGUGCAGUAAUUUUUUUCUUUAUAAUAGUUUUGGUUUUAAUGCAAAGAGAAGUAAGUGUUCAAUAUUCCAAAGAGGAAUCAAGGAUGGAAAGGAACAUGAAAAACAAAAACAAGAUGUUGGAUUUAAUGCUAGAAGCUGUAAACAAUAUUAAGGAUGCAAUGCCAAAAAUGCAAAUAGGAGCACCUGUCAGGCAAAACAUUGAUGCUGGUGAGAGACCUUGUUUGCAAGGAUAUUAUACAGCAGCAGAAUUGAAGCCUGUCCUUGACCGUCCACCUCAGGAUUCAAAUGCACCUGGUGCUUCUGGUAAAGCAUUCAAGACAACCAAUUUAAGUGUUGAAGAGCAAAAGGAAAAGGAACGUGGGGAAGCUAAACACUGCUUUAAUGCUUUCGCAAGUGACAGGAUUUCUUUGCACCGAGAUCUUGGACCAGACACUCGACCUCCUGAAUGUAUUGAACAAAAAUUUAAGCGCUGCCCUCCCCUGCCCACCACCAGUGUCAUAAUAGUUUUUCAUAAUGAAGCGUGGUCCACGUUGCUUAGAACUGUCCACAGUGUGCUCUAUUCUUCACCUGCAAUACUGCUGAAAGAAAUCAUUUUGGUGGAUGACGCUAGUGUAGAUGAGUACUUACAUGAUAAACUAGAUGAAUAUGUAAAACAAUUUUCUAUAGUAAAAAUAGUCAGACAAAGAGAAAGAAAAGGUCUGAUCACUGCUCGGUUGCUAGGAGCAACAGUCGCAACAGCUGAAACGCUCACAUUUUUAGAUGCUCACUGUGAGUGUUUCUAUGGUUGGCUAGAACCUCUGUUGGCCAGAAUAGCUGAGAACUACACGGCUGUCGUAAGUCCAGAUAUUGCAUCCAUAGAUCUGAACACGUUUGAAUUCAACAAACCUUCUCCUUAUGGAAGUAACCAUAACCGUGGAAAUUUUGACUGGAGUCUUUCAUUUGGCUGGGAGUCGCUUCCUGAUCAUGAGAAGCAAAGAAGGAAAGAUGAAACCUACCCAAUUAAAACACCCACUUUUGCAGGAGGACUUUUUUCCAUAUCAAAAGAAUAUUUUGAGUAUAUUGGAAGUUAUGAUGAAGAAAUGGAAAUCUGGGGAGGUGAAAAUAUAGAAAUGUCUUUCAGAGUAUGGCAAUGUGGUGGGCAGUUGGAGAUUAUGCCUUGCUCUGUUGUUGGACAUGUUUUUCGCAGCAAAAGCCCUCAUAGCUUUCCAAAAGGCACUCAGGUGAUUGCUAGAAACCAAGUUCGCCUUGCAGAAGUCUGGAUGGAUGAAUACAAGGAAAUAUUUUAUAGGAGAAAUACAGAUGCAGCAAAAAUUGUUAAACAAAAAGCAUUUGGUGAUCUUUCAAAAAGAUUUGAAAUAAAACACCGCCUUCAGUGUAAAAAUUUUACAUGGUAUCUGAACAAUAUUUAUCCAGAGGUGUAUGUGCCAGACCUUAAUCCUGUUAUAUCUGGAUAUAUUAAAAGCGUUGGUCAGCCUCUAUGUCUGGAUGUUGGAGAAAACAAUCAAGGAGGCAAACCAUUAAUUAUGUAUACAUGUCAUGGACUUGGGGGAAACCAGUACUUUGAAUACUCUGCUCAACAUGAAAUUCGGCACAACAUCCAGAAGGAAUUAUGUCUUCAUGCUGCUCAAGGUCUCGUUCAGCUGAAGGCAUGUACCUACAAAGGUCACAAGACAGUUGUCACUGGAGAGCAGAUAUGGGAGAUCCAGAAGGAUCAACUUCUAUACAAUCCAUUCUUAAAAAUGUGCCUUUCAGCAAAUGGAGAGCAUCCAAGUUUAGUGUCAUGCAACCCAUCAGAUCCACUCCAAAAAUGGAUAUUUAGCCAAAAUGAUUAAGUGUUCCUUAAAAUUAAGGUGAAAAAGGAAAUAUUCUUUCUCAUAAAACUGUGACUAGGCAUACACUGUAGUUUUUGAAAAUUAUGCAAAAGCAGCUAAAUGUAACUUAUUCCAAGUGCAUUUUUCUUAUUUAUAUCUUUAUCUAUGUAGCACUACUACAGAAAUUCUGCAAGUUUCUGUUUCAAAGCACAAUAACUAGUAAUACCAAAGACUAUUUCAAAAUGUCCAGAUGUAGGGGAAGAGAUGUUUACAGUAUGAUGAAAAUAAUUUUCCAAGUAAAGUGAUGUUUGUGUGUUUUGUACACUUAGGGAUAUAUAUAGCUACAUUCACACACUCACAAUUUAAAAUAUUUCCCCUAGUUUUUUGGGGGGAUAGGAAGAAAGAUUUGUUACUGUAUUUUUUUAACUACAUAGAAAUAGAUAAUAAAGGUCAGCAUUGGCAUCUGUGUACAAACCAAGAGCUUUUACAGAUCUAGAAUUUAUUAUUUUAAAAUGCAGGUGAACUUUUUUUUGCCUUUGGUUUACUUGUCUGUCAAAUGUUUCCUUAAACAUGAAACUGAAUAAGGAGAAGAGUAUUUUUAACACUUAAAUUUCUUGGCAAAUUUUAAAACAUUUUUUAGUCUGUAAUACACUCCACUUGAAGCACUUAAGUCUUCCUUAAAUGACUUUUCUUAAGUAAUGAUACUGUGUGUUUUCCCAAAGCACUUUUAAAAAAUUUUUUAUAAAUUACUAUCUGUUGAAAAGGUGUCCUUUUCCUUUCUUCUAGUAUUUUUUUCUUACCAAAAUUCACUAAUCUUGAAUGUUUGUGAUAUUAAAUUUCAAAUGCAGAAUACUUGACUCAUUUAAAGCUAAAUUUUGUUAGAUUCAAUUAUAAUUGUAAUGGAUUUUUGACUUUGUAAUGGAUUCUUUUCAUCAAAAAGCCUUAUUUUUUUAUCUAUGUGGAAAACACAAUAAAAAAUCCUCAACACUA